CUGGAGUGGUAGCGUCCUUGGCUACCAACCCACAACUUCGGGGUCUGUCUUGCCAGGUCUUUCCUUCUUGCCCCUCCAUUGCCUAAGGAGUUGGCCGCUGGCGGCGCACGUCAACGACCUCAAGAGGGAAGCAGUGAAGUACUUUUUAGGUGAAGAAGCCUGGGAAAGAUACCUAGUCCGAAAUUUGGUACUUACAUUUUUCAAUGGCCACGCCCCUCCCUCUGACAUCCCGCCUUAUUUGACUGUGCCUUUUCAUAAAUAUUUCCAGAACACAUCAAUCUGCGAUCGGACCUUAACUCUCACCACUCCUCGUUGGCAAUCCCCGCUCAUCGUCUCUGAUACUAUACCCAAAACUCACCUCACUGUCAGACGUCUUUUCCCGUCGCAUUCGUGUACUUCUUCUCACUGCUCCUCAUCAAAAAAAUCGUGCCGCCCCUCCAUCAAUCUCACAGUCAUAUAAAACGAACCAAGAACCUUAUAGGCGUCACGCACCAUGGCCUCAGCAAAGGAUAUCGCCGGUGCCUUCGCUCAAAGCAAAACGCUCGAGGUUUCUGCCAGCUUGGGUCUAUCGACUUCCCCCACGGUCAAUUUUCAGUCUCCUCCUUCUAGCUUUGCAGGCGCUGCUUUGACGCGUAGACCGGUCCCGAAGCUUCUGAAACCCUUCGACACUCAAGACAUCAAGAUUCUGCUUCUCGAGAAUGUGAACCAGACAGGCAAGGACAUUCUCGCCGAGCAGGGCUACCAGGUUGAGGCUCUCAAGACCUCUCUGCCUGAGGACCAGCUCAUUGAGAAGAUUCGGGAUGUGCAUGUCAUUGGCAUUCGCUCCAAGACCAAGUUGACCGAAAAGGUCCUGCGUGAGGCCAAGAACUUGCUAGUAGUUGGUUGUUUUUGUAUUGGCACUAACCAGGUCGACCUCGAGUACGCUGCCGCCCACGGUAUUGCUGUCUUCAACUCUCCUUUUGCCAACUCGCGCAGCGUUGCUGAGCUUGUCAUUGCUGAAAUUAUCACUCUGGCCCGUCAGCUUGGUGACCGUUCUAACGAAAUGCACCGUGGCACCUGGAACAAGGUCAGUGCCAAGUGUUGGGAAAUCCGUGGAAAGACUCUCGGUAUUGUCGGUUACGGCCAUAUUGGCUCGCAAUUGUCCGUUUUGGCCGAGGCCAUGGGCAUGAACGUUGUGUAUUACGAUGUCGUGAAUCUCAUGGCCCUGGGUACCUCGAGACAAGUGCCCACAUUGGACAACUUGUUGGGGGAGGCCGACUUUGUCACCUUGCAUGUACCGGAGCUUCCGGAGACCAAGAAUAUGAUCUCGACUGCCCAGCUAGAGAAGAUGAAGACAGGCGCUUACCUGAUCAACGCCAGCCGUGGUAGCGUUGUUGACAUACAGGCCCUUAUCAAUGCCAUGCGCUCUGGCAAGAUUGCCGGCGCCGCUCUCGACGUCUACCCUAACGAACCAGCAGCCAAUGGCGACUACUUCAACAGCUCGCUCAACUCCUGGGGUGAGGACCUGCGUAGCCUGAACAACAUCAUCCUGACGCCACACAUUGGCGGUUCCACUGAGGAGGCUCAGCGAGCCAUCGGCGUCGAAGUUGCCGAAGCUCUUGUGCGCUACAUAAACCAAGGCGUUACACUCAACAGUGUAAACCUACCCGAGGUCAACCUGAGAUCGUUGACUCUCGAUGAGCCCGACCACGCUCGUGUCAUCUACAUUCACAGAAACGUUCCUGGUGUGUUGCGCAGAGUCAACGAGAUUUUGGGUAACCACAACGUCGACAAGCAGAUUUCCGACAGCAAGGGCGAUAUUGCGUACCUGAUGGCCGAUGUCAGCAAUGUCAAGGCGGAGGAUAUCAAAGAGAUUUCCGAUGGUUUGGAUUCUCUUGGCUCCCGUAUCUUGACCCGUGUUCUGUACUAGAGGGGGGGAAUUGGCCAUGGCAUUGGGAGGGCGUUUAAGUUGGACAAUUUGGUUCAUGAUAGCGGCUGAUGAGACCCUGCAAUUCGAGACAGCAUUUCAACAUGUCGGCAGGGUCCGCCCGGACGCUUUGGAUAUUGGAGUAUCGGGAUUCAUAUCAACUUGAAGGCAAAGAAGUAGGUGAAUAUACUUAGGUAGUAAGUACAAAGGCGACUUGAAUUUAAAGUAGAAAAGAGGGAAACGAAAAAAGAAACGAAAAAGGGACGAAAAGAUGCACAAGAAUAAUGAUAUAAAAACAUAAAGAAACAGAAAAAAGGGAGCUGAAAUCUUACAACAGUGUUGGACGCGCCAACGAUGU